AUGGCAUUCCUAGAAAAAACCCUGGAAAGGAGGGUAAAAAAUAGUGUGUCUGGGUCUGGGAAAAUGGGACCUAACAGCACGUUAGGGGAUGUCAAUGAAAAGAAAUUAGUGCUACAUAUUAAAAAGGCACAAAAAUAUGGUUUUCCUAUGACGAUAACAAAUGUUCGGAAGCUCGCCCAUAAUUUUGCCCAAAGUCUACAGAUUAAUCAUAAGUUAAACAAUGAAAAAGAAAUUGCCGGUUCCGAUUGGUUUAGGUCUUUUUUCAGAAGACAUCCAGUCUUGUCUAUUCGCAAAGCUGAAGGUGUGUAA